AUGAAGAUAUGCAGCCUCAGAAGGGCCCUAUGGCAUGGCAAUUCGGCUAGUCUCGAGUCCCCACAGAGAACACCUCGAACUAUGAUCAUGCCGUCCUCCUUCCCUGACGUGGCCAACAACAACUCUACUGCUGACAGCGAAGAGGAGGAGGGGGAGGAGGAGGAAGUGGACGCCUCUGAUCGGAGUCUGUGUGACGAG